AUGGCUCGUUCGAGCAAAGGGAAGGCUCGCCGCAAGAGACACAAACAUGCAACCCCACCAGAGCCUGUUCGAUGCAGUGAGAAUCAUUACCUUCAGUCCACCAACUCGCCCUGUCAAGCCCACCUCACCUUGCAGCAAGAGGCACGGAACACAGAAGGACGUAACUUAUGGCGGCCUGGAACCCUUUUUCGCCAUCAAGCAGUUCAGUUCGUGAGCGGAGGGGAAUUGCAGCCCGAGCACGAGUACAGACUAGGUACCCCAGCGGUGGAUAUAAUACAUGAUGAAUCGGCAUUCACUGCCGAAACAGCUAAAACCAACACGCCAGACAGAAUGGAACGUGAAGCAGCAGAUAUUAGCGUGCAGUUCUCCUCGACUCCUCAGGAUAGUAGCUUAAAAAGACAGACCCUAGGUGGCAAACAAAAUGAGACACGAGGAAACCGAGAUGCUGAGGAUGACCAUGCGGAAAACCUCUUAUAUGAGGAGAUUGAUGUCCUUGCCGAUUACAUAGCAAAUAUCGACAGUGAUUACUGUGACCUCAACCGUGCAUAUGGUUCAAUACAGAGUCUACCCACGAAAGCAUACGACCCCAAACCCGGGGGGCAGUACCCGGUGUCUGGCGAACACGAUGUGGUAGCUGGCCAUGGGAAACGCGAAAUAUACCAUCCAGGAAGCAGUUAUGUGCGGCGAUUCGAGGAAAUGAGCUCUAGCAGCGAACUAGACGGCAUAGAAAACCCGUCCCAAGAAGGAAAAGGGUAUUUUAUUUCGCGCAAUAAUUACAAGCCAGAAUAUAGUAUGUUCGCCUCAGCAACUGCAUUCGCUGAUGCACUCGAUUGGGAUACAUUUUAUGACCUUGGUAUUAUGGAUGUCGAUAAGCCUAGCCCCCGAAAGAAGUGGAAGGGCAAGCGGCGGUCUCUACCACCGGAGUUUUCUGACAGCGAGCUUGGAAGGGAAUUAACAAUAGCGUGGCAGAAUGACCGAGAAAAGAAGAAAGCAAAAAAAAAGAAGAGGGAAGAUCUUCGUUCCAGAGGCCAGCUAGGCAGGCCCUUGGGCGGCGUUGAUCUGAAAGCUAAAUAUUCAAAUGGUAUGGCCUUAGACGAUUUAAAGGAAGAGAUAUGUCUUUUUCUACAGUCGUCAAAGAUUAGUUUACCUCUCCCUCCCAUGACAAAGCAACGCAGGAAACUCGUGCAUGAACUAGCACAUUCCCUGUCACUGAAUUCGCAAUCUCGAGGGAAAGGGAAUUCACGAUUCCCUAUCCUGCACAAGACUUCGCGUACCCUUCAGUACACGCAUCGUACUAUUUCCCAGGUCAACCAGAUUUUUACAAGGAACCUCAAGCAUAAAGCGAGAAAAUCAUGGGGACAGAAUAUUACCAAACCAUCUAGAGUUAGCCGGCACCACCCCGAUGGGUCCGUUUCAUACAUGGAUGGUGACAUUGUUGGAGCAUCUGCACCAGAAAUUGGAGUAGAAAACAAGGGGAGAGCCAUGUUAGAAAAGAUGGGAUGGAGCACUGGAACUGCUCUUGGGGCUUCUAAUAACAAGGGGAUACUUCUGCCGGUUCCGCAUGUGGUCAAAAACUCCAAGGCUGGUCUGGGAUAG